UAAUAAUUUGACACAAGAGUAUCCACCAACACCUCCGCCACCGCAACGAACACCAGCACCGCCGCCACCCCUAGUAAAUGGCUCACCCGCCGUACGAACCGUACUACCUCCACCACCAACAGCCACCGCCCAUUCAGGACUCCAAGGACCGCAACGCCAUCAACACUCUCUUCGUCUCCGGCCUCCCCGACGACGUCAAGGCGCGUGAGAUUCACAACCUCUUUCGCCGCCGUCCUGGCUUCGAUUCUUGCCAGCUCAAGUACACUGGCCGUGGCAACCAGGUUGUUGCAUUUGCUACGUUUUUCAAUCAUCAAUCAGCAAUGGCAGCACUUCAUUCGUUAAACGGUGUGAAAUUUGAUCCCCAAACUGGAUCCGUUCUACAUAUAGAACUUGCCAGAUCAAACUCGCGAAGAAAACGGAAACCGGGUAGUGGACCUUAUGUUGUUAUAGAUAAAAGAAGUAAUGCAGAAGAGGGUAAUGAUAAUGCCCACGAAGCAUCUACUGAUGAUGGAGACAGUGAAUCUGAUGAAUCGUCUGAUGGCGAGAAACAUGAUUCGGGGGAGAAGGGGGAUUUAGUGACGUCAAAAAGUGGUGAGACGGUGGUCGAUUCCAACAAUGCCGCUGCUGCCGUAAAUUCUAAUAAGCAGCAACCCGAAAAACCUGUUGAAGGCGGCCCAUGUUCCACUCUGUUCUUCGCAAACCUAGGUCCAAAUUGCACUGAAGAUGAACUGAAGCAAGUUCUGUCUCAGUAUCCUGGAUUCACUAUGCUCAAAUUACGUGCCAGGGGCGGAAUGCCAGUUGCAUUUACUGAUUUUGAGGAACUCGAACAAGCUAACAAGGCCAUGGAGGAACUUAGUGGCACAAUGUUGCCGUCAUCUGACCGGGGUGGCAUGCACAUAGAAUAUGCAAGGUCUAAAAUGAGAAGGACGUAGAAGAAACCGGGCGGUACCAAUAAAAGAAGAAUCGCGUGUCUUCAGGGUAAUGAGCUGCAGCUUCCUACUUCUUAAAGCUACUGAAGACUGGGAGGCCAAGGACUUGGCUGAAAAUACUUGUAGUUGUUAACAGCGCCUUCGUUUUGCAAAUAUAUGUACUUUCUGACGUUGUCAUUUAGUUACAUUUUAGAGAUACCAUGUUACUUGCAUCCACAAUUUUUCCUAGGACAGCCGUCUUGGAGAAUGCUUUGUAUAAUCCAAAGGAAGGCAGAUAUUUAUUAGCCUUAUAUUGAUACUUUUUCAUGAAUUUUCUGACAAGAAAAAUUAAAAAGUCAUUUUU